AUCAUGGAAACAACUAAGUACCUCACAGAGGAGGCUGGAUGCCUCAUUUCUGAAGUAAGACUAGAAAGAGAAGAUGAACAAUUCCCUGGAUUAUCUAGCCUACCCUGUAAUCGUCUCUAAUCAUAGGCAGAGCACAUCAUUCAGGAAGAAAUUGGACUUUGGCCACUAUGCAUUUCAUAAGAAUAGAAUACAAAUAGUGAAGCCUACUGUUGACACCAAACCCCCAGCGGCGCACACACAUCACAUUUUAAAAUUGAGCAAACUUCAGAGUGAACAAAAGAGAAUCGACAAAAUCGAAUACGAAAACAAGCAACUGUGUCAGAAAAUCGCCAACGCCCACCGUGGCCCCGCCAAGGUGGAUUGCUGGAACGAAUAUUUUUCCAAGAGCUUAAACAGAGAAACAAGGAACCGGGAGCUAGUGAGAAUCACCGUGGAAAACCAGGGCAUUCUGAAGAGGCUUGGUGAUCGCAAACCCCACUAUGACCGCAGGGCGUCAGAGAUAGACUGGCAGAAUUCGAGGCGCUACAUCAGAAAUACAACCAGGUAUCUUCUCUCCGGAGAUGAAUAGCCAACAAUCCCCUGAACCCUUUCCCUGGCCUGUAAAGGUGGAACUCAGCUACCUGUGGCUUCAGCAAGAGAGUCACUGUCCUGAACAGCAUGUAGGAAAGACUGCCCCCCACCCCAGACCACCCCUUGUCUCCAUCUUGGAUUAGCCUGCUGGAUCUGAAGUUGGUGUUUCAGUUAAAAAUUACCUGGGUUUG